AGGAACUGGAACUUUCGACCAAUCCUCACAGUUCACUACACAACUAUCCAAAUAUGGAGACCAACAAGGCUCUCGUUCGAGACACGACGACCUCUUCUUUGAAGAUCAAACAAGGUUCAUAUGCCAGGAAUGCAAUGUAGAAUACCCAUCAAAAGCAUGUCUGGAGUCGCACAGUAUGGUAGUACAUAAUAAAUACUGCGAUGUGUGCCAAAAGCGGUUGGAUAAUGAACCGCACGAGGAGUUGCUACAACAUGGAUUGAAACAUAGUGGUUUGAAACAGUAUCAAUGUGAAUUUUGUUACAAGGGAUUCGGGACCAACAUUGGUGUUGUCUAUCACAAGGCAAAGUCUUUGAUAUGUUCGCUUUGUGGAAAGCAGGUACAUAUCAAAGAGAAGGCAAAGCAUAAAAGAUUACAUCAAAUGUGA